GCGAUGACGUCACGACCCGCAGAUGACGUCACCAUAACAACAUGGCGGACGACCACAGACAAGAACAGGAUCUUUCAAUCCAUUCUUCCGACCAAGCCGUCGUCAACAUGGAACAAAACCUUGCCGACGAGAAGGGUGGAAUCAUGGAUCUUUCAGGAGUCAAACUAGAGCUUAACAGGCCUGAGACGGCCCCUCCGGACGCUAGAAUGUACAACGGAGCCGAGGCCGAAGUGGCCUUCGCUAGUCCGUCGGCCGCACCCGAGCCCAAACCCGUCAAGAUCGGAGGGGGAGGGGAUAUCAGCGAGAACAUCGCACGGGGUUUCUUCGCGUAUAGGCCGGGUGCGUUUGACCUUGCAGUGGAAACGACAAAGUCGGAGGUGUUGCUGCCUGACGUUGACGGUUCGCUACGGGGAGCCUGGCUUCUCACUGAGAUUGACCACUGGGACAGUGAGAAGGAGCGUCUAGUCCUGCUAACAGACAACUGCCUUAUCGUCGUCUUCUUUGAUUUUGUUGCUUCGAAGAUUCAGUCCUUCAAGCGUAUCGUUCUCAAGAACCUGACAAGCGUUAAGAUGGGACCAUUUGAGUAUCCUCCAAACUCUAUCAUGCCGCGCCGUGCGGGUGUCGGUGUGCAGAUGUUCUGGAGCAGGGAGGAAGUGUCGGCAGUGCAGAAAUGGAACCCGUUCAACCGCGACAUCCCCUACGCCAUCUUUGCCUCGCACCCACUGAUCGAGAGGACGCUCCGUGACCCUGACGUGUACCGUGUAAGUACACUGGAACCCCUUAAGGUUGAAACGUUCCAUGUGGCCUUGGUACAGGGGUGCCAAUCCGUCCGUGCUACCCAGAGCCCCAGCUCUCCGGCGCUAAACAUCGUGGAGGGCCCCGUGAUGAUCGAGAGCUACGCCAGCCUGUGGUCGCUGAUCCACAACCAGAGUCGUCUGGGAUUCUCCAGAGAACGCGGCGGGGUCAGCUUCUAGUGUGUGCUCAGGCUACGAGACAAAAACACGGUUUGCAAUGAUUGCUGUUGUUUGAGAUAGAAACCUAGAUAGUAAGGCAGCACCAAGUCAAUAUGCUGGUUUUGAGAUUUAGAAAAAAA